AGAGGAUAAAUCUGUAAACAAAAACUUAAUAAAGUGCCCUGGAGCAGGAGACCAGGGACAAGAAGUUUUGGGAGUUUUUUUUUUAAAUUACCAAUGGUUGAAAUUUGUUUUUUGUUUUGCGGGCAUUGAAUGUAAACUGAAUGCAUAUAUUAGAGAAAGUAUAUAGUUAUAUACAAGUUUUGCAUUUCAUAGUUCCUAGGGUAAAAGGUCAGGGUCAGGUGGGACGGGGUUAAAAUGAUUGAUGGCUGGAAUUUGUUCAGUUUUUGAAGUAUGAUUUAAAUUAAAUGCAUAGUUAGAGAAAGCGUAAAUAUGUCUACAAAAGUUUUAGAUUUUAUACCCUCUUGUGAAAAAGUGCUGGUCUUGAAGGGGAUGAGUGCAUUUUAUUGCUUUAGAUCUUUAUUUUGUUACCCGAGUGAGCUGUAAAUGAUAUAAAUGUUUAAUAUAAAUGAUGUAUUGGACAAACGUUUAGAAAUCUAUUAAAGUUUUGCCAUGGUGUAGUCACCUAUUUGAAUGUGGGUGAGUGUAUAGGGCUCAGCUGAAUAGAAACAUAUCACUGUUCGUUAUCUUCACCUUGCAUACAUCUACUGCUUCGAUAAGGAAGGGCGCACAUACACAAAUGUAUGGGGUAAUGCGCUGAUGACACGAUGAAUGUCUUUAACACAAAAUAAAGUUUGAUAUAACAAAUGACAUUUUUUACUGAUUUUAUUUUUACGAUAUUUGCUCACUGUAUUUUAUUAAAUCAUGCUAUCAUUUUAUAAAGUACAUUGUGCAACUACAUUGUAAGUAACAUUGAUAUUUUUGUCAAUUGAAAGACUUACUGUUUGGUUGUGGAUGGCCAGGUGACCAUUACGGCCAAUGGGCCUCAUGUUUCAUAUUUUAAAAGAUUAUGUUAGAAAAUUUUUUGAAAUAUCUUCUCAAGAACAGGGAUUCUACAAUUUGUCAUAUUAGUAUGUAGGUAUCCUCAUAUGGUGUUCAACCUAUGACCCCAGGGGGCAGGACAGACCACAGUUUGGGUUGAAACGUUUUACGUAUAGGAAUGUAUGGGGAAAAUGUAUUAAAAUGUUCUCAAGAAGGACAAGGCUUAAAUUUGUCAAAUUAUUUUACAAGUUUUUUUAUGUGGUGCGUAUUGCAAAUUGUUCAAAUCAUGAUGUCAAAGGUCAGGGUGGGGCCACAUUUAGGGAGAUUGUGUAUUAAAAUAAAUCUUAAAAUAUUUUUUUCGCUGUCAGUUGAAAACCACAAGCCUAAUUUUGUUAAAGUAAUUUGCAAAUAUCUACCUGUAACGUAAGUUAGAUUUAUUCAAACCGUGACCUAUGAGGUCAACCGUGACCUAUGAAGUCAAAGCAGAAUCUGAAUUGGAUGCAUAAAAUAAGAAAAAAUCUAUGAUAAAAAUUCCUUCUAAAAUCUGUAUUUGCAAUUUGUCAAAUUCAUAUGCGCUUAGUGUGCUCAUGUAGUUUACAUUUGUACAUAGGAAUGUAUAGUUUUUUUUUUUUAAAAAGAGGGUCUUCCAAUAACUUCAAGAAUAAUGUUUGUCAAAUCAAAGAGCAUCCCACACAAAGUGUAAACACAGGUGUCCUCAUACUAUGAUCCUGGUAGAGUACAACAGGGGAAGAUAUAUGUAUAGGCAAGAUUAAUCAUUGGAGCAGUGUGACCCAUUGACUUCUUCUUUCCAGUCCCUUAUUCUUUACUAUCCCCGUUUUUCUUUGUUUUUCCCAAAGAAUUUCCUUAAAUAAUUUCAUCAUACACAUAUUACAAUCAGUGGAUUUGUUGUCAUAUUUCAGAAAAUCAUGUUUACUUUCCUUGUGCACAGCCAUCGACAGGGAAACAUAGUAUCUGUACACGUUAAGUAUGUUUUAACUGAUGAGCAUUCACUCGCUCAAUAGUUUGUGUGUAUUAAGUGUGUGGUAGACGGGUAAUGAAAUCAUCGUGAAUGGGGAAAUCUGAUGAUAGUGAAUUACCUGUUAAAACAGUAUUGCUAGGAUAUGCCUUUACUGGGAAAACAUGCCUUGUGGCCAGAUUCGCCCAUGACAGAUUUUAUAAAACAGAGGCUACAAUCGGAGCAGCUUUUGUGUCUAAAAAGAUCCAGGCUCUUGGGAAAAGGGUAACGCUCAAUAUAUGGGACACAGCCGGUAGUGAAAGAUACCAGUCCAUGGCCAAAAUGUAUUACCGAGGGGCACGGGCAGCCAUAUUAUGUUAUGACCUUACAGAUAAAUCAAGUUUCGAGAAAAUUCGAUAUUGGGUAGGGGAACUACAGGAAAAUGAACAGUAUUGCCGAAUGUAUAUAUGUGGAACAAAAAAAGAUUUGAUUGACAAUGACCCAAACGCCAGGGCAGUGUCUGAGAAUGAGGCUCAAGUGAUAGCAGAAGACCUGCAAACGGCCCUCUUUGAGACGUCUAGUCUAACGGGAGAGAACGUAGAUACGGUAUUUCAACGAAUUGGAGAGGAUUAUGUGAAAAAUAUGCAUAGCUACCCGGAAAAUCAACCCAAAACUAAAGAUGAUGAUAACGAAACAUUCCAAGUACAUAAAACAGAGAAUACACAAACCUCUUCUUCUUGUAUGUCUUGUUUUAAGAGGUGAAGUUAAUGGAAGAAAUUAGUGACGAUAAUACAAGAAUUAAUGUGGUGUUUUAUGAGGAUGAAAGCUAUGGAAGUGAAUGAAAACGUUGGAGGGCAUACUUCGAAGCAAGAUCAAUGUAUUUAUUGUUUUAACUUUGCUAAGCCUAUGUGCUUUUAUUGUACAUUCGUGUGGUAUGAACAUUCUAAACAUAACGAAUUCAUAUGCUAAUUAAGAUUGUUGUUGCAUAUUAGAAAAUGUUUUCAUCAAAGAAGAAACAAGCACGAUUUAUUCGUUUCGUGCCAUUAGACAAGUGACGAUUGUUAUUGUUUAUUGCUAUUUAUUCACCAAACAUACUUUAUUAAGAUGUAUGUUGUUUUUGCAAUCAUACAAUGACGAUUGAUGGAUAAAUAAAAUGAAAACUAAAAGAUACAGCAAAAGUUAUAUCGGUAAAAUAAAGGUAAAGCAAAAUAAAGAUAAAGACAUUUUAGGAUACUUUAGUUUUCAAUUUGAGACCACCUUAUAAAUGACAUGUUGAUUGAACUAAAUUUCAGCUUUCUGAAAGUGUUUCACGUAUAUAUUCAUUUGCAGAAAUCCCAAUAUACCGUUAUUGACUUUAGCAUAACUAACAUUACUUUAGCAGUCGAUAUUAAAUCAAUGUUAUAAACGGCAUUCAGAAUUCAUGCUUGUUUCUUCAAGUGAUUAGUACUGCUAAUUAGAGUCCAAACAUCACAGAAAUAGCAUUGUCUAAUCAUUUAUUAUUUUGUGCCUUGUUUUGAGUAAUUGGCAGUUACACCAACAAGCGGUACAUCACCUAAUUAUUUGUCAUUUUUGCCUUGUUUGUGAGUUAUUGAGUCAUACGAACAAACGUUAUAUUGCCGAAUUAUAUGUCAUGUUUUGCCUUGUUUUUGGGUUAUUGACAGUCAUACCAACAAACGUCACAUUUAACCAGACUGUGAUUUUGUUUUCAAUGAGCAAAUGUUUUAAGCUGGUGAGGCUUUACAAAAGAUCACCCGAGUCACUCAAAUGACCUAUUGCGAUUGUUCCGUCGUCCAUUAACAUUUGGACAUGGUUUUUGUAAACGCACGUGACCAUUUUUCAUAAAAUUUGCAUGAACAACUCUGAAGCAAAUGGAAGUUAAAUUGCGAAUAUUAUUGUUACUGUACCCCUGAGGCCUGAGAGGUAGGAUCGAAACCAGAAAUAUGACACAAUCUUUAAUAAUUUUCUUUACUCAGGGACAUCUAGCAAACAGUACAUUAUGUGUAUAGUAAUGGUAAACCUGGAUGUCUCUGCCAAAUUGUGAAAUCCAUGGCCCCUGGGUCAGGAGUUUUGGUGUUUGGUAAGACUUCAUGGUUCAUAAUAAUGAAAAUGCAUCAUUUGUGUGAAAAUCUUUCUAGACUCCUAGGCAUCAAGAAAUCAAACUGUGUACACAGUAAAAUAUAAGAAACCUUCACCAAAAUUGUGAAAUUCAUGGUCUCUAGGUAAGGUUUUCUGUUAAUUUUCUCAGCAACCAAACUAAGUAUAAAGUGAUAUUAAGGAAAGAAGCUUCCAUCAAUUUUUUUUUACUGAGUUUUUGGAUCUGGUACUAAUAUGGGAAUUAAAACCUUUGAGAAUAAUGCAAUCUUUAAAACUCUUUUUCUUUAUUUUUAAAUUAUAUUUAACCGACAAGCUGUGUAUAUAGAUAAGCAAAGAUGUCUUGACCAGAAUUGCGUAAUUCAUGGCCCCUGUGGUCAAGGGCUGUGGUCCUAGGGCUGUUAGGGCUAUUAUUUCUUCGUAUAAUCAAUUUUUAAAUCUAAACGGGCAACUUGCUAAAACGUUGAUGUUACAGAAGUUUUAACAUUAUCGUUAAAAACUUGGGAAGUUUUGCAAAUUUUAUAGUCGUUAUAAUGAUUCAAUUUACAAAUACAACCUGUCAUUAGAUCAAAUGCUGUCUGAGAUAUCCCAUACCAAUUAUUAAGCCUUUUUUAAAAUACUGAUUUUGGAAACGGGUUAUUCCGUUUACCUGAUCAAGAUAGAGGGCUCACGGCGGGUGUGACCGGUGAACAGGGGAUGUUUACUCCUACGUACUAGUUACAGAGGUUUUUUUUUUUUAGAGCGGUAGUCAUGAAGUGAAAAUGCUGUAUAGUUUAAAAUCCCAUUUCAUUCUUAGACAUGGAAUAAAAAACGGAAAGCUAAGGACAAAUUAUUAUUCCCUGUAAUCGAAGAUUCGGGGGUACAUAGUAUUUAUAUGUUUGUCCGCACACAUUUUAAUCUUACCCAUAACAUUUGAUUGACUGGUGAUAUGGCUUUCAUUUUUCAUGUGUGUAUUUCAUGUGACAAGAUCUUUCAUUUUGUACCAAGAUUUGUUUUUACCUCAGGAUCUUGACCUUGGAGUAUGACCUACCUUAACAAACUUUAACCUAUGCCAUAUCUUUUGACUGGUUAGUGAUAGGGCUUUCAUAUUUCGCAUGUACAUUCCUUUCUAAUUACUUUGCUGCCUUACAGGGACAUCAGUCUUUUACAAACAUUUGUUUUCAAUUUUGUAAUAAUAAUUAAGACCGUUUUUUGAUAAGAGUUCUCCAUUGAAACGUUGUAACAGUUAAAAUGUAAGACCCAUGGGUUUCUCAUUGAAUUAUAAGUACUGACUUGCUUUGUAUAGGAAUUUGAUUAUUAGUGUUCUGCUCAUUGGAAAGUUGUUUAUAUAGUUGUGAUAUAAUUGUUUAUAUGUAAUACAUACUGUGUAUAGUUCACAUACUCUUAAUUACAAGACGACAUUCAAAAUUGAAUAUAUUUUGGAAGGUUUGUUUACUGGUGAUAUGCCUUUUCGUAGAUUUAUGUCUUUUCCCGUAGAUUAGUUGUAAGAUUCAGUUUGCUUGUAACGUACCAGAUAAGUCUUCGAUCUCCAAAUAAGUUACACAACAUUCACUUUUUUUCUCGUUCGAACUUUUGAAAAUCUAUUCUUGACGAAAACAUUUUGCUCCCGAGAAAGAAGAUACAAUGUAAGGACAUAGUGUUUAUUAUCUGUCUGUCCAUCUCUUAGUUUGUCUGCAGCCUUAACGUGGUCAUAACGUUUGAAUAUCCGCCAAAUUAUUGAAAUCCAUGGAUUGACUGUCCACAGUAUUUUACAGUUUUGAUCAGAUGUGAUUUUGUGAAUAUUUCUGUAUGCUGAAACAUUAUGUAAAUAGUGCAUGUCGACUAUAUCUUUGAAAUUUAUUGGAUAAUCCAUGAAAACCGAGACUUCAGAAGUAUAAUGAUCUGACGUACACACAAGAUAGGUAUAUUGAUUGAUUGUAUAUUGUCUAACGUCCCUCUUGAGAAUUUUUCACUCACAUUAAGCCGUUCUUGGCACACUGUUUUGACUGCGGGUAACUCCGUUUACCUGAUCAGGAUAUGGGACUCACGGCGGGUGUGACCGGUCAAUAGGGGAUGCUUACUCCUCCUAGGCACCUGAUCCCACCUCUGUUAUGUCCAGGGGUCCGUGUUUGCCCAACUAUCUAUUUUGUAUUGCUUGUAGGAGUGAUGAGAUUGAUCACUGUUCGUUAUCUUCACCUUGCAUAGAGACGUCAUUGGAAGGAUCUUUUUCGUGCCACACCUGCUGUGAUAUGGGACCUCGGUUUUCGCGGUCUCAUCCACCCCAUUUAAUCGCCUCUUGCGACCAGCAAAGGGUACUGAGGGCCUAUUCUAACCCGGAUCUACACGGGAAUUCACAAGAGAACUUACUUUACUUCUAGUUUGAAUGUAACUGGUGAAGUUGAUUUACCGAGAUGGAAUUUGUCACAAUUGUACAUGAUCAUACUCGGGGGCUAAAUGUUUCGCAAUCACUUUUUGUUUUAAGAUAUAAUGUAAGUACUUUGAAUACACAAAAUUAAGUGAAGUGUCUAGAAUACAUGUGGAGAUCUUAAAAGCUUUUUUCUCAUAUUGAUGUGAAUGAAAUUUUCAGCAUAAUACAGACAAAAAUAAAUUUGCGUAGUAUUCUUUGUUGCUUUUGAAUAUACAUAAGAUAUAUACAUGUUCUGUCAUUGCUGUUUAUCAUAUCGUUUAUAUAUCGUGUGAUCGUUAGUUAUAUCAUAUAUAAUACUAUACAUCAUAUUAUGUAAGAUGAAGUUAUCAGCACAGAAACUGUUAAUUAUGACGAUGUAAUUUAGCAUGCUGAAGUAAAAGUAAGCGUAAAAUAUA